AACCGGCAAAGCUUUUCUUGAAGAGCGUAUUUGAAUCCUGGGAACUUUCUUCCCACAAAAAUAAAUAGGAGUAAAUAAAUCAUGUAGAUGGUUUCUAUCCAUUUUGCUACUACCUCCGUCACGAAAUAUAAGAACUGCAAACCCGUCUUAUAUUUCCGGACGGAGGUACUGUAGUAUUAGUUAACAGUAUCCUUUCUACGGACAUUUAUAAGAUUUUUAAUGUUUAUUAAUUGGGAAACAAUAAUGUCAGCUUAGUGCCAAGCACGUACUUCAUAAGGCGUUUUGAAAUACUAGCUGCGCAUAACUCUGUCGUCCAAGACAACAGCUGACCACAGUUUUCUUACACAGAAAAGAAUAGCAGAUUCGACCACGCAGAUUUGAAGGGGUGGCACUGGCUGACUGGCAGGUCAACAGGCCCAACAGCACACCAUGACAUGAAGACAACAACGCAAGAUCCCGACGUGCUCUCCACCAUUCCUCGAAGUCAAUUUGCUUAGCUUUGCGCUCAUGAAGAAGCGUGCAGGUGCAGCUCCUGCAAGUUCACCUCAGGUGCCAUGGGUUCUUUCCAACAAGACGCUCCAUUCCAGGCCUCCCAUGCGUCCUUCAAGAGAGGAGCUCGUGUGGCAGACGAUGACGAUGAUGAGGAGGAGGACAAGAUUCCCGCCGACGAUCUCGGCGCGGCCAGGGCCGCGCCGUUCGGCCGGCGAUCCCGCGCGGGCUCGUCGGUCACUGACAUGUCGAGCAACGCGUCCAUCAACUACGGGAAGUCGGCGCGGCAGGACAGGUUCGGCAGCGACAGCUUCUGGUGCGGCGCCUUCUGCAUGCACCUGCCCGGCCUGUCCAGGCGGCGGCCGAUCAUGCAGCAGCAGCAGUCCAUGAGCCUGAGCGAGCCGGACGCCCCGGCGAGCACGGCCGGGCCUGACGAGCCUACCCGGAGCGGCGCGGUGUCCAAGGCGGCCUCCAUGGAGAGGUUCGGCCACAGCUCGUCGUCCUCCGGCAUGGUGUUCGGCGGCCGCGUGGACGCGGAGGAGGACGAUCAGGAGGUGUCGGCGUACUUCGACCUGCCGCUGGAGCUGCUCCGGAGCAGCAGCGUCGACAUGGAGUCGCCCGUCACGGCGGCGUUCGUCUUCGACAGCAGCCGGGGCCGGGGGAAGAGCAUGCUGCCGGACCUCGACUUCAGUUUCCCGGCGCCGCCUGCUUUCUCGAGUCCCUCCCCGUCGUCGCGACGGGCCUGAUCGAGGAGAGUCUCAGGGCCAGACAACUUUAAAUUGAGCCGAGUUACUCUUGAGUUUCUGCAUUUCAGACACAUUGAUCGUAUCCAUGUAUUGCGUGUUGGAUUCUUGUUUUUCUGUAAUCUGUAUAUUGCAAUUCAUAUCUGA